CAACUACUGUGCAUUCACCUGCUUAGUUGGUUAACCUUGCCUUUCAUCUAUUUCCAAAAUGUUGGAAAACUCGGGGAGGAGAUCGUUCAAUUUUUCUCUGUAACUGAACCUCAUGCCAACAUUCAUUGGACAGCGUACAUUAGGAUUUCAAAUCAAAUAUUUUGGCUAAGCUUCACAUGGAUGGUUGCAGCGAGAAUAGUGUCAAACUUAUUUCUGAUGAGUCGAACACCUUCAUUCAGGUCACUGCUGAGAUACGAAGUCGAGGCAGUGGCGACUUCAACUAUUUCAAUUCUGAUUGGUGUAGUUGCAUUCAACAAUGCUGCCAAGAAAACCAUGGGAAAAUAUCCAAUCGUGGCAACGGCUUUGCUACUCACUUUAAUCGUCUGGGUCGUUCUUUGCCAUCUUAGGUCUACCUUUUACAAAAAAGAGCUCGGCAUUCCCAGGAGAAACGACUUUUCUGGAUUGUUGAGGGUUAUGACGAUCAUCAUGAGUCAACUUUUGGUCGGGGCUCUACUCUACUCCUUGUUGUCACUGAUAACCUCCGUCACCAUUGAGUCACUUGCGAUCCCGACCUCAACAUCCAUUCCCGAAGUGGACAUUCUAAACUAUUGGCAUGCCGUUCAGACGGGAAAAUUCAAAUCAGGACCGGAAAGAAAUGUCAUUGAAUUAAACAAGAAUUUACUUCUGGCCAUAAUUUCAAAUGUGCUCAUGACACGAUUCCUCAAGCAUCGGUAUGAUAUGAACAAACUAGACUCCAUAUUGGAUCCUAUUCGACCAUAAGUAUUGUAAAUAAAUAGUUGCAAGUAUCCCAUUCACAUGUUUUAUUUAAAAAAUAUUGCGACGUGUAUAGAAAAAUUACUAAAGUAGGUUCGAAAAUAAAUAAAUAUGCGUCGUUUUUCGCAUAUUUUGCUGCUUUCA